CACAGAGAAGGCAACGUCUUGCUGGCAGUUUGUCUGGGGAGAUUUCAAGACUGAGCUCGAAUCCUGCAAACCCAGUCCCCCAAACAGGAGGUAAAUAAAAAAUGCCACGUUCCUUUUUGGUGAAGAGCAAGAAGGCCCAUACAUACCACCAGCACCGCUUUGUGGAAGAUGAUCUGCCUCUAUACACCUGGGUUCCAGUAACCUCCCCCUGCACUGCCACAGGCGACAAGUCACCCAAGGAAAUGAAAAGCCAGGACCCAGAACACCUGGUUCCAAAACAAGAGGACUCUGCUGGCCUGAAAGAAGAAAGUGGCCCUGCACAGUAUCUGAACAGAACUUCAGCUCAAGAGACACCCAUCUCAGCUCUGCAAAUGAAGGACUGCAGAAAUUCAACAACCUCUCCUGCCUUCUACAAGCCCAAUUUCUCUUGGGACACCUUCCAUUCCCCUUACAGCUACAGACAGAUGUCUUCCACCAUGCAGUCAGCCCUCUUGGAGCACUCAAUUAGCUUGUACAGCAGCCACCUCCUACAAAGCUCUGAGCCCCCAAUUGAUUACAGCAUGCAUUACUCCCCAGACAUGGAGACCUAUCACUGUGUGAAGUGCAACAAGGUAUUCUCCACCGCUCACGGCCUGGAGGUCCAUGUCCGCAGGUCACACAGUGGGACAAGGCCAUUUGCUUGUGACGUGUGUGGCAAAACCUUUGGACACGCUGUGAGUCUGGAGCAGCACACAAACAUCCACUCUCAGGAGAGAAGCUUUGAAUGCAAGAUGUGUGGAAAGACUUUCAAGCGCUCGUCCACCCUGUCCACCCACCUCCUGAUCCAUUCGGACACGCGGCCCUACCCCUGCCAGUACUGUGGAAAGCGCUUCCACCAGAAAUCAGACAUGAAGAAACACACCUACAUUCAUACCGGUGAGAAGCCCCACAAGUGCCAGGUGUGUGGCAAGGCCUUCAGCCAGAGCUCCAACCUCAUCACUCACAGCCGCAAGCACACCGGCUUCAAGCCCUUCAGCUGUGAGCUCUGUACCAAGGGCUUCCAGCGCAAGGUGGACCUGCGGCGACACCGAGAGAGCCAGCACAACCUUAAGUGAAGUCCUUUUCCAGAGCCGGCGCUCAGCGACCCAGUCCAGGAACGGGUAUUCCCUCCCCUCAUCCUGGUCUUCUCUCUUCCACUGCUUGGCUUAGGGCACAUGCCCUGGUUAAAUGCCUAUCUACUGCCCACAUUCCCUGGGGUCAGGUACAGCUCUGUCGUUUACCCUGGUAUAGCUGUACACACCCAGACCCUCCCGUAUCCUCCGUAGCUGGCCAAGAACAGAGGCAGAGUGAGUGCCCAGUGUCUGACCUGGUUACAGGCAUGAGGCCAAGCCCCAGAGCAAUGUCUCUGAAGUCUCACCUCUGAAUUUACACUGGGUACAGAAAUUGCCCAUCCUGUCUGCUAGCAAUGUGGGGGGACUUCCAGGCUAAGAGCACCAACGGGCCAGCAAUCUGUGCCAAGAUGGCUCUAUAACCACAUGCUGCUUUGGUGGUUAGGAAGAUAAUCCCAGGGCAUGCAAAUCAGUUGCAUUCAGUGAGCUGUGCUCAGCUUAGGCAAGGCCCCUGCAAACUUUCUCAGGGCAUGUGUUUUGGGCACAGACACCUCAGCUCCCCUUCUUCUGCCAGGGCUUUUAUUGUGAAUAGGUGAAAAAAAAAAUCUAUUAUUACAUUUUUAUUUUGGAGCUGGAGGGAGAUACUGAAAAAUCAGGCCCUAGCUACCCAACUGGGUACCACCAGGUUAACCGCGUGGACCUCGAAGAUACUUGGUGCUCAGGGGGAAGCGUGUUUCUUAUCAUUCUCAUACAUGAGGAAGUGGAUACCUCCAUCUAUCUGUGCAGUUGUUGUACCUAUCAACAUAGCAUGUGAUAACCUUACAAGCAUUAGAAAAACAAUGUAGCAUUGUCUUCUCCUUCCGUUCUGGUCCAGUGGUUAAAGCAAAGGACUUGGAACAAGAGAUACUGGUCUCUCCUGGGCUCUUCUUGAUCUUGGGCAAGCCACAACACUCAUUUCUGCCUUGGUUUCCCCAUUUGUAAAAGAGAGUGGGUAUCACACCAUCUCAGGGGAGUUGUGGCAAUUAAUUAAUUCAGGUUCCUUAAGCACUCUGAGGUCCUCAGAGGGAAGACACUAGAGCAGGGCAAGGGAUUAUUAUUAGUAGCAGUAGUAGUAUUAGAAAGAUAAGAGCCUACAAACGAGCAACGUAGUGCCAUACUGGCCAAAUCAUCUGUUGCUAUGUUCCAGGAAAUGCAGGGAACGUCUACAGGAAAUAAGGUGGUGCCAUGCUGAACUAUUCAAGCUUGCUCAGGGACUGGCCACAAUGAAGCCACAUUAGCAAGGUGUUUCAUUCAACUUAUAUACCCUGCUUCUUAGUUGGGGUAAAUAGCUCUCAUAAAGUGCUGCACUAAUGUAUCUAUACUGCUCCCAACACCUGGGAUGUGCCUAGUCACAUAUUCAGUGCCAAAUGGUGACAUCCCUGGGACCUGGCUUGAGUGUAGCCUCCCUUGCUUUACCCCUUAACAUGGGGGAGUGUAAAGACACCCUACUGCGACUGCCAUUACACAGAGAAAAGAGGUCAUGCAAGUGAGCCAGUUCACUUACUGUCAGGAAGAAAAGGGGCAAAUCCUGCUUUUGGUAAUACCCGUGUUAAACGAAAAUAAUUUUCCGGACUCCAGUACGGGUUCUCUUUUGUUUCCCCUCCUUGCUUUUCCCUUGUACACUGUAAAUACAUAUUUAUACUUAUUGUAAUGUUUAUUUUUAUAGGACUGUAACAACUUGUACAGAUGUGAUAGCGUCUGUCUGGGAUAUCUGAAUUCUGUAUAUUAAAAAUGCCCAUUUCAAGGCUG